AUGGAUGGAAUUAGAAAUCUGACAGUAUCUUCUUCCAGUAAUAACGCAUGCAAUGACACUAUUGAUGACUUCUGCAAUCAAGUGUAUUCCACCUUGUACUCUAUGAUCUCUGUUGUGGGCUUCCUUGGCAAUGGCUUUGUGCUCUAUGUCCUCAGAAAAAUGUAUCAUGAGAAGUUAUCCUACCAAGUAUAUAUGAUUAAUUUAGCAGUAGCAGACCUACUGUGCAUGUGCACACUGCCUCUCCGUGUGGUCUAUUAUGUUCACAAAGGCAUUUGGCUCUUUGGAGACUUUUUGUGCCAUCUCAGCACCUAUGCCUUGUAUGUCAACCUCUGUUGAAGCAUCUUCUUUAUGACAGCCAUGAGCUUUUUCUGGUGCAUUGUAAUUGUUUUCCCAGUCCAGAACAUUAAUUUGGUUACACAGAAAAAAGCCAAGUUUAUGUAUGUUGGUAUUUGGAUUUUUGUGAUUUUGACCAGUUCUCCAUUUUUAAUGUCCACAUCUUACAAAGAUGAGAAAAACAAUACCAAGUGCUUUGAGCCUCCACAGGACAAUCAAGCUAAAUAUCAUGUCUUGGUCUUGCAUUGUGUGUCCUUAUUUUUUGGAUUUAUCAUUCCUUUUGUUAUUAUAAUUGUCUGUUACACAAUGAUCAUUUUGACCUUACUAAAAAAUUCAAUGAAGAAAAACCUAUCAAGUUGUAAAAAAGCAAUAGGAAUGAUCACAGUUGUGACAGCUGCCUUUUUGAUCAGCUUCAUGGCAUACCAUAUUCAACUCACCAUUCACCUUCAUUUUUUACAUAAUGAAACUAAACCCAGUGAUUCUGUCCUUAGAAUGCAAAAGUCAGUGGUCAUAACCUUGUCUCUGGCUGCAUCAAAUUGCUGCUUUGACCCUCUCCUAUAUUUCUUUUCAGGGGGGAACUUUAGGAGAAAGCUGUCUACAUUUAGAAAGUGUUAUUUGUCCAUUAUGACUUAUGUACCCAAGAAGAAGACCUCCUUCACAGAAAAAGGAGAAGAAAUAAAUAAAGAAUAG